AUGGCAAGACGACCAUCGACAGCAGACAGCGGCCUGAUGAACGAGCGUUCCGAGGCGGUGGACUUUGACCUCGACCUUGGUCUUUUCCUCUCCGACGAAGCGUUCUCCGAUGUAUUUCCCAGAGAUCCACCAUCUCACUACGGUGCAGGGGAUGGACGUCAGUCCGAAGAAGGACACAUGUCUGCGUCAUCAAGUGUUUCUGGGGGCGUCCCAUUGUCUGAUGUUGUCGAUGAAACCAUCUACUCCAAGCCAUUGCGAGAAAGCAGUCCGAAUGCCACAACCGACAGGACGAAAGUCGGCAGUCGCUUUACAUCUGCAAACAUAAGAACCCUGAAAAUAUGGUUCGAGAAUCACGAGCGACAUCCGUAUCCAACUCCAGAACAGGUCGAAAGGUUACUGAAGCAGACGGGAUUGAGCAAGCGGCAACUAACCAACUGGUUCGCCAACACGCGUCGGCGCAGAAAAGUCCGCCCAAGCGGAAGCUCCACACCCAUCGGGACCGAAUCUGGUUCGAAUCCCAUGGACAUACCCGUUCGACGGCCGACGCCAAUGGCAUUUGAGCAGAUGAACCCAAUGCAACGAUGGGAGCACUCCCCUCCGCAAAGCGAGCCGGCGCUCGUUGCCGAUAUUUCUCGGGCAGUCGCUGCAUCAUCUCGACUUUCAGGCCUUCCGGCUCGCUCUCGAUCUUCGGCAGGAUCUUGGGAAAACGCGUCCACUAUCAGCAGUGUUGGCACCUCUCAGUCGAGUGGAGGAUCGCGAUCCAACCUUUCGGCAUACUCUCGUAGCUCGAGCAAACCCCCUAGCCCUUUGGAGACACUCAGAAGAGACUCGACCCGCCGUCGAAGACGAGCGAUGGUCAGAGUACACAGUGGAAAUAGGCUUAGCCUUCGACAGACCAAUACUUACCAAUGUACAUUUUGCGCCGAAACUUUCAAGACGAGAUACGACUGGCAAAGGCACGAAAAGUCUCUUCACCUCUCCCUCGAGGAGUGGAUUUGUUCGCCACACGGCUCGACCACGACUCACCCCGAGAAAGGCGUCAUUUGUGUGUAUUGCGAGGAGGUCAACCCAAGCCAGCAGCACCUCGAUGCCCAUCAUCAGGCGGCCUGCUCUGAGCGAUCGGUCGAAGAGCGUACAUACUACCGCAAAGACCAUCUUCGGCAACACCUGAAACUCGUCCACAAGACAAGUCAGAUGUCUCGCACUGCAGAGAGUUGGAAGGUUACCACGGAUAACGUUCGAUCGAGAUGCGGCUUUUGCGGCAUCAGCCUGGAGUCAUGGGCGACGCGCGGGGACCAUAUUGGGGACCACUAUCGAGAUGACGGCAACACCAUGUCGGACUGGAAGGGGAACUGGGGGUUUGAAACCCAUAUACUCGCAAAGGUUGAUAACGCGGUCCCCCCUUGUGUGAUCCAGUUUGAACAGAGUGCGCCUGUUCCCUUUUGCGCAAGUGUCUCGCCAGCCGGUUCCGCGCCAAGCGCAUACGAACUCCUCAAGCUCGAAGUGGAGUAUUUCGUGCGCAACUACUUUGAAGCACACGAAAGUCUACCUUCGGACGAUCAGCUUAUCUACGAGGCUUGUACGAUUAUAUACGCCUCCGAGUUCCUCCAACACAAUGGCACCGCGACGGCGGCGUCCUGGCUUCGAGAUCUGCUAAUGAGCUCUACCGAGUUAUCUGAAAAGGCGCGUCUGCGUCCGAUGAAUCAGUGCUAUCAACUUGCCAAACUAAGCGCGAGCCAGCUUCUAAUUAUCGGCAAGACAGACAUAUUUGAGGACUGCGAACUGGAGGCUCAGCUUUGCCGACAUCUUGGAGACCAUCUGGUUCUAGGUCUCUCGCCUUCGGACGAUGACCUUCAACAGGAGGCGUGCGUCAUCUUGAAUAGGGUAGAGUCAGCAUCCACCAAUCCUUCACGAAGAUUUACGGGGUUUCUAGUCCGUCUCAUGUGGAAGUCGACAUCAUGGCUGGCUCCCCUGCGUCAGAGGGCGGAAUAUUUUGCGUCGGGCUCAUACCAAGAACUGAUACCGUAUCCAGAUCCCACCACAAAUAUGACCAGCGGUCAACUCAAUGACUUCUUCACAGGGCUCGCUGAGUUAAAUCAGUUGACGGGGGCGGCAGAAAAGCUCAUACCAACGACAGCAACAGCAAUAACCCGCAAAAUGCAAUCGGCCAUUCCAGCUGGAACAGUUGACACGCAAGCAUCUUCCAGCUACUGCAACUCCGAAGGGCAUCAAGAUUGUAUCUCGCCUGGCUUCAGUUUUGAUGCGAUGCCAAUGAAGUCCGGGGACUUUUACACGCGAUUACAAACUGCCAAGACAAUGUUUGAAGGAUCUGGUCACUCCUUGAGGGAAUCCGGGGGCUCCAAGGGCACAGGCAUGCCGUUCUUCCUCAACGACCCCAACAGAUAUGCUCGUUUGGCAGGGGAACUGUCGCGGUUCGUUGCGAGCACCAUUUCACCUCGGAACCCAAACAUGCAUAUCCCUUCCGAUGAUGAGCUCAGAUAUCACGCAAGAUGGGUCAUUUUCGAAGAUGACGAUCCUUGGAAUCAAACGGCAGCCGACAUUCCCGAAUGGCUAGCCGACUUCAAAAAGGGAGUUGGUCUCGAGUAA